AGUAAGAUGAGUUCGUUUGAUUUAUUCCACUCUGCCCUCAGAAUUAAAGAAGAACCAUCUGACGUGUCGCAAGAUAAUGAGGAUGAUGAAUUAUUCGAUAAGACGCUCGAUUCUAAGAAUCUACAACACUUGAGGUUUCUGCGAGAAAAUCAGAUCCCUGUGCUUCAUGAGUAUGACGAUAAUUUCAAAGAUGAACUUAACAAAGACAUGAAAAUUGUGUUUGAAUGCGAAUACGCAAAGCUCACUUGGAAUUUAGCAGCAGUUAAGAAAAUCGACGAAGAUUCUCAAAACCUGUUCGUUAUACUGUUUAGAGCGCCAACAUCGGCUCUUACGUGCGACUGA